AUGGCCCACGGCCGCCCGAGGAGCUGCUGCAGCUUGCAGAGUAGGUUGCAUAAGAACACAUGGACGAAGGAAACAUGGAUCCAACAGAUCGAGGUGAUCGUCCCGUUCUGGGAGAAGAGUGAAAAGGAGCGCCAAGCGCUGCGGUGUGCCACCGCGCCUGCUCGACCGAGCUCCCAGAUUUUCCGGACCAUCAGCGCGUCUGGGCUCAGCAGGGAUCAACGUCGAGCGCGGUUAGCCAUGUCCUGUUCGACGCCCUUGCACGGUGUGAGCUCCCAACGCAACGCGCUCUUCGCGGACUGGAUCCAUAGUACUCUCCAGGGGCCGUCAGCACGCCGGCUCUCGCAGAGUCAAAGUGCAGCGGAACUUCUGUCGGAGCCGGGGAUGUCCAUGGUGACGAGGAUGGUGCCCGAACGGGCAAACAUGAUUUUGCCGUCAUGGACGGAUCGGAAGCAGCAGACGCGGAUGGUUUGGGUCGGCAUGGAGCGUGAGAAGUGGGAUACUCUUGACGCGCGACGGACGCGGUAGAGACGUCACUGGGGAGGUGGUGAGACGUCGUCGAC